GUCAAUGGCAGGAUACCAGCUCUGGUCACCGUGGUCCCCACUGGACGAGAGCCUCCAAUGGCUGCGGCACACAACACCUACACCUUCUUCCAAGCACCCCUUUAGGGCUUCCCUCUGCUUCUCACACACUCCUUAUCUUGAAGUGCAGCCGUGCUUUCAAGAGGUCCCCCCAGUCCUAGACAGCCCAUGCCGGGAGGCUGGGGUGAGUCCUAAGUUACCCUGCCACACAUCAGAGCUCCAAACCAUGAAAAAGAAAGGGCUGGUCAGGAAGCCCCAGCCUGUCCGCCUCAGUGGAGUGGAUUCAGUCUUUGGCAGGAUCAUCACGGCUCAGCCACCAAAGUGGACGGGGACCUUCAGAGUUUCAGAAAAGUCAGCCUUUUGCAAAAUCAUCAGCCAGGAGCAGAAGUGGCCCACUGGAUUCAAGGAACCUCAGAUUCAGAUGUUAAUGACCAUGUGCAAACAGAUGCUGCGCUCUAUGCUCUUGCUGUAUGCAACAUACAAGAAGUGCACCUUUGCCUUGUACCACUCCAAGUAAAGGGUCCCCAUCUGAUUCCUGUUCUGCACACCAUACCCUUUGCUAUGUGCCUGAAGCUUACAGAAACCUGUCCAUGUAAAUAAAACUGUGACACUGCCCCAGCCAUCUUGCUUUUCUGUCAAGUGGUGACAAUUCAGGAGCCUUCUC